GGGCACGGUCUCGGGCCGGGCGGUGCAGACAAGGCCUCAGGCGGCGGCGGCGGCGGCGGCGAGCGCGGCGCGAGGCAGGUUUGAGACCAGCGUCUGCAGCCUAGACAGAGGACCUUUUUUUGCCCGUGCGUGCUGGCCUGUGUGCGUGGCCGCCAGGACACGAUCAGAGGGUGACACCGGAACUUCCUUCUCCACUCACGGCCGCAUCUGCCGAGUAUGCUUUGAGACCGUGAGCAUGGACUUCUCUCGGCUCCACACGUACACUCCUCCCCAGUGUGUGCCCGAGAACACUGGCUACACGUAUGCACUCAGUUCAAGUUAUUCUUCUGAUGCUCUGGAUUUCGAGACCGAACACAAGUUGGAUCCUGUAUUUGAUUCUCCAAGAAUGUCCCGCCGCAGUCUGCGCCUGGUCACCACAGCCCGCGCUGCCGGGGACGGCCCUGCCGGGGACAGCACAGCCAGACUAGCCAAACAGCGCAGCAGCACACACAAGUCGGCAUUUAGUGUCCACCCCAGCUCAAGGAAGGUCCUGUCCUCGGCUGUCAGCCAUGGCGGCUCGGGCACCGUGCAGGCCGCAGCCUGUCCACGGCCUCCCGUGCUGGAUGAGUCUCUGAUCCGUGAGCAGACCAAAGUGGACCACUUCUGGGGUCUUGAUGAUGAUGGAGAUCUUAAAGGUGGGAAUAAAGCCGCCAUUCAGGGAAACGGUGAGGUGACCGCUGGGGCCACGGAGGCGGCCGGGAGCAACGGCUACACCUGCAGCGACUGCAGCCUCCUCUCCGAGCGCAGGAGCAUGCUCACCGCCUGCUCUGCAGCCCGCGGUCCGGCCUCCAGGGUCUACUCCAGGGACAGGAGUCAGAAACCAGGCCGCGCAGCCCGCCGUGGGGAUGGCACCUGGUCGCUGGCCGCGCACACCUCGGCAUCCUGUGCCUCGUUCUUAGUGCAGCUUUUCCAAGUGGUUUUAAUGAAGCUCAAUUAUGAAUCAGAAAAGUACAAAUUGAAAAGUUGUGAAUCAAAAGAUCGUGAAUCAAAAAGCUAUGAGUCAGAAAGCCAUGAAUCAAAAGCUCAUUCCCGUCACUGUGGGAGGAUGGACGCGAGAGCGCCCCUCGCCGAGGAUGGCCACCUCCGUGCAAACGGGGCGUCGCUGUGCGACGACUGUAAGGGGAGGAAGCGCCUGGAAACGCACGUCACCACCCACUCGCAGCUCUCGCGGCCAGGAGGGCUGGCAGGGACCCUGGGGCUCGCCUUGUCCCGCGCAGGUCACCUCUCGGGGCAGGCGCUGCGCAGGGCCGGAGCCGCAGGAUGGCGUGGGUCCCGGAUGCUGCUGUCGGCGCUGUGCUUGGCCGCGGCCGCCCCAGGGAAGGCGGCGUCUGGAGUGUUCUGGUGGCUUGGGAUUGGAUGGUACCAGCUUGUUACUUUGAUCUCUUGGCUGAAUGUGUUUCUUCUUACAAGGUGCCUUCGAAAUAUUUGCAAGUUUUUAAUCUUGCUCAUUCCAUUAUUACUUUUACUAGGUGCAGGUGUUUCAUUAUGGGGCCAGGGUGACGUCUUUUCGCUCCUGCCUGUGUUAAACUGGACACAAAGCCACAGAGUGCAGAGAGUGGAUGACCCCAGGACCACGCUCACACCCGCUGCCUCCCACCCCAACCAGCCUCUGCAGGUUGGUGAUGAGGCCUUCCACUGGCGUCGGAUGAGUGAGGUGGAGAGGCAGGUGGCCAUGUUGUCUGGACAGUGUCACAGUCAUGAUGAGAAGCUUGGACAGCUGGCGGCUUUGCUCCAGAAGCUGCAAGCUCGGGUGGACCGGGCGGACGGCAGCAGUGAGGGGGGGUCACCCCCGACCAACUAUGUGACACUUCACCAAGAGCAUGAAUUGCGCAUCUCCAGCCUGGAAGAUGUACUUGGAGAACUAACAGAAAGAUCUGAGGCCAUCCAGAAGGAGCUAGAGCAGGCCAGGCUAAGAACAGUCAGCGGGGCUGGCGAGGAGCAGCGCUUGCUUGCCUUGGUUGGGCGUCUGGAGCAGGAGCUGGGGCACCUGAAAGCAGACUUGUCCAGCUGGCAGCAUGGGCAAGCCAGCUGUGAGAAGGUGGAGGCCAUCCAUGAAAAGGUGGAUGUCCAAAUCAGAGAGGCGCUCAGACUCAUGUUCUCUGGAGAUGAGCAUGAUGCUUCUGUCGACUGGCUGCUCCGGAAGCUGUCCGCUAAGUUUGUGAGCAAGGGUGAUGUGCAGGUUUUGCUACGAGAUUUAGAGCUGCAGAUCCUGAGGAACAUCACGCACCACAUUUCUGUGACAAGAGAGAUGCCGACCUCCGAAACUGUAGUGUCUGCUGUGAGCGGAGCAGGCAUUUCGGGAAUAACAGAAGCGCAAGCACGGGUCAUCGUGAACAAUGCCCUGAAGCUGUACUCCCAGGACAAGACGGGCAUGGUGGACUUCGCCCUGGAGUCUGGGGGGGGGAGCGUCUUGAGUACCCGCUGCUCCGAGACGUACGAGACCAAGACCGCACUCAUCAGCCUGUUCGGCGUGCCGCUCUGGUACUUCUCCCAGUCGCCCCGCGUGGCCAUCCAGCCUGACAUCUACCCAGGGAACUGCUGGGCGUUCAAAGGCUCCCAGGGGUAUCUGGUGGUGAGGCUGUCAAUGACGAUCUGCCCGACCGCCUUCACCCUGGAGCACAUACCGAAAGCGCUGUCGCCCACGGGCAGCAUCACCAGCGCCCCCAAGGACUUCGCGGUUUUCGGGUUAGAAAACGAGUAUCAGGAAGAAGGGCAGCUCCUGGGACGGUUCACCUACGAUCAGGAAGGGGAAUCACUCCAGAUGUUCGUGGCCCCGAAAAAACCGGAAAGAGCUUUCCAAAUUGUGGAACUGCGGAUUUUUUCUAACUGGGGCCAUCCUGAAUACACAUGUCUUUACCGGUUCAGAGUUCAUGGAGAGCCUAUCAAGUAAAGAGAUGACUCACUAUCCUUGUACAUUUUGUAUAUACUGGACAGCCUGGAACACUGGAAUCCUUCAUGGACUCAGGCAUAGAGAGUGCAGCAUUAAUUCACCCCUGAAAUAAACAUACCGACUGCCAGCAGGACACAGGGUAGAAGUGAUGAAUGCUGACCAGCUUCAUAUACCCAGCUUGCUAUUCUGUCCCCAGGAAACACUGCAUGUUGACUGCUUGGGAUCAGAGACCUGACAGCUGCUGGUGGUCUCUGGAAAUUCAUUUGAAUGUAUGGUUCACACAGACACUUAUUUUUUGGGGGUGGGGGGGAUUUGAUUUUGAACAUAAAACUAUUUGCUUGACAUCUGGAACAAAGCAAAGAAAGUUGGAAAGUUUGGAGUGUUCUUGGAGCCUUGACAGCAGCCUUCACUGGCCCCUUUGAAAGGGCCUUUGGGAGCAGAUAUGUGUUCAACCCAACACAUGUCUUUCAGGGAAGUCACCAAAGCUGAGAGCUGAACUCCCUUCCUUUAGGGUGAGAUACUCCUCUUUUGGCAAAAGUGGUUCUUUAGUAUCACCAGGUGUGGAAGUAAUGGAAAUGGGAUUUCCUGCUUCGUGUGUUCCACCACUGAGAAGGAUUUUCCAUCAUCCAUUCAGGAACCGUGGAGAGUUUCCCUGUGUUGCACCUUUGAAGUGUGUCUGAUUCGAGAGGGGAUGGUCUGGAUCUACACAAACAUGUAAAUAGAGUUCUCAGGUCUCCACUGGGCUCAUCCCAUCGGAUUCUCCCUGCAGUUUCACUUCACACUAUGAAUAGGAACCAAGAAAUCCAAUCUUUUAGAUAUUUUCAGGUUUUGUUUUGAAUUUUGCUGAAAAGCGAACGAACACUAACAUGCUCUGUCUUUCAGAGGCUUAUGUUUUUAUUCCACUUACGGUUAUUAAAGAAGAUUGUCCCAUGUGGCAAAUUCAUGAAACCAGGACAUUUGGUGAUGUUUUUCUUACAGCAGCACUUUGUACUGGCUCUGGUUGGAUUUGCCUUUUAUUACAACUUGGCCAUUCUGUUUUGGUUAUAAUUAAUAUUUAAUAUUUAGACUAUUUUACUGAGCAGACUUUAUAAAUGAGGUAUCUGCAAGGCACUUAAAGUUACAGAUGUUUUACCUUAAAAAUUAUUUAAGUUUUUUUGGGUUAAGACAGUUUUUUGGUGUACCAUAAAUGUUGUAUUUUCAGAAAAAGACAAAAUGAUGGUGCUGACUGGUUUUCUGAAGAGUUUUAUGUAUAUUGCACAACAGUCCUCAAAUAUACAAAAACUACAUAAACUAGCAUUUUUUUUCACUCUUGUCAGAAUUGAAACUAAUGCCUAUGCAGUUAAGUUGGAUAAAAUAUAUACAUAUGUUUCAUAUAUUACAGGAUAAAUAUAUAAAUCAAAAUUUCCUAUAAAGCUAAAUUUGGGAGAUGGGGUGGAAAUAUUUUGAAUAUUUAUUUUUAAAGAUGCGAGACAGGACUUUGUGCAAUGUAUUUUUGUAAAUGCUUUUCAACAUACUUGUCUUUGGUAGAGCUUCUUUGCUGCCACCAAAUUGGUAAGACGCUACCGAAAUGUUUAAAUAAAGAGUUUUAAUUUUUAAAAGUGCAUGUGACAUUUCAAAGUAAUAAUAAACAGUAUGUUUCUUUUC